CUUUUGUUGGAUUGAUGUAUAUUUUAAUUUCUCAUAGUUGUCUGAGAUAACCCCCCCGGAUGUAUUCUAAGCUGCUGACAGUGAAUCCAGGAAACACACAUUCGCAACUGAAGACAGACCAGCUCCGUGACCGAUAAGUUGCACCCGGAGGCGCGCGCUGCCUGAGCCGCGUUGCAUUGUGGGUAUAUUGUGCUUCCUGAUAGACUGACGGAGUCGGUCAGCUGUUGUGGGGAAGUUUUGACAUAGUCUGGUAGCUAGUUUAUUCAACGUCUUUCUUCUACGGAAUUAAACUCUCCGCCCCCCCCCUUGUUUUUGUUCUCUCUUCAUCUGUCUACUUCAUCGAGAGCCAUCCUGUAAAUCCACCCGCUUCAUAACUUCACGGUUACACAAGUAAACUGAGAAAGUGACUCGCAGGACGUUUUCGGAAUGAGUUUGAACGAGCACUCCCUGCAGGCUCUGUCGUGGAGGAAACUCUACCUGAGUCGAGCCAAGUUAAAAGCCACCAGUCGCACCUCGGCUCUGUUGUCCGGGUUCGCGAUGGUUGCCAUGGUGGAGGUACAGCUGGAGCGGGAUCACGAGUAUCCCGCGGGGUUGCUGAUAGCCUUCAGCGCCUGCACCACCGUUUUGGUUGCCGUACACCUCUUCGCCCUCAUGGUCAGCACCUGCAUCCUUCCUAACCUCGAGGCCGUCAGCAAUGUUCACAACCUCAACUCUGUCCACGAGUCCCCCCACGAGCGCAUGCACCGUCACAUCGAGUUGGCCUGGGCCUUCUCCACAGUCAUCGGCACCCUCCUCUUCCUGACGGAGGUGAUGCUCUUGUGCUGGGUGAAGUUCUUGCCCCUCAAGAGCAAACAUAACAACAGCAGCAUAAGUUCUGGUCAGGCCGCGGCCAUCGCUUCCACCUGCAUCAUGGUGCCGUUCGGAAUCGUUUUUAUCAUGUUCGCCAUCCACUUUUACCGCACGCUCGUCAGUCACAAAACGGACCGGCAGAUCAAGGAGCUGGAGCAGGUCAUUCAGCUCCAGAACCAGCUGGACCACAGGGGUGAGAACGACGAUCUGAAGGUCACCCUCAAUUUCCCCUGAAAAUAUAGUCUGUAGCACACAACUGCAGCAGACGUUCCACACCCCUUAAAAAAAGCUUUAUUACUUGUAUUAUUUUUUUGCCCAUGAACUUUGCUCUCAUGGUUUUUUGGGGGGGCAGGGGGGAUUGCAAGCUUGAGCCUGAUUAUCUUCCUGUGGUGGAUCGCAGAGAUUUCUCCCGUUUGCCUUGCUUUAGAUUAUCUUUAGUAGGGAACCUUACCUAUGCCAGUAUUUAACAAGAACUUCAUCACAUAAAUAGAAGACUCACUCUGCACAUUGAACCACAGAAUGAGAAUUCACAACUUAGAAAAUAUAGAAAAUACUGAAAUAUCAGUUAUAUUAGAAUUUACCGGCUGAAUGCAGUAAAACCAAAUUUAAAACAAUUUCAUGGUCCUGUGGUUGUGCAGUUUUUUACUCAACAGACUAAUGGUUGUUUGUAGGAACAGAGAUCUGAGCAAAGCAUUGUUUAGGUCUUGCAAAAAUCAAAUGGAUCACUCCUACCGUUUAUUUGUGCAAUCCAAGGCAAAACAACCUUUCUUAAAAAAUAAGUAAGGGAAUACCUUAAACCAAAGUGUCUUACUGCAGUGCAAAUAGUUCUAUGGCAAGCGUUUAGCAACAAGCAAAAUGACUCAUAGAGCGCAGCCUUUUGAGCCUGACGUCGAGGUCUGUGUAAAAACAAAGACAAGAUCAUUGGUUUUCUAUUUCACUUUGUCAUUGUGAAUAUUCUGUAAUCUGCUAAAGUGUUACUGGUUCCUAAGAAAGCAUGCACGUGUUGGAAAUGCUGUGUCUGUAUAUUUUCUGUUUUUAUAGUUUACAAGCGUUUAGUGUAUUAGUACAUUUUGGGGUUACAGAGGAGUGUGAAAUAUAAGGUGUGUUAUUUUUGUCUUUGUGGCACAUUGUUGAAUAGUUUGACCCUUUUCUUUAUCACCUUUACUGAAAACCUGGAAGACAAAUGUCAAUGUUCAAGAUCAAAUGAGGAAAUGUGAAAACAAUUAGAGCUAAUUCAUUUUGGCCAGUUGUUGUCUCAUGACACAUUUUCACAAAAUAUAUUGUAACAUUCUGUAAUUAUAUCAAGGGAACGUCAUGGUCAUUAUUGCAGUUUCAAUUGUUUGACCAGCCUCCUACACAUGCUUUGAGAAGAGUUCUGUACCAGCUCCAAAAUGUGCCUUCAUUCUGUCCCAAACAGAUAAUAACAUCUGUGUGACACGUAGCAGUGAACAAGGAGCCAUGAGGGGUUUGUCACUUAGACAGUUUUAGUAAAGCGGUCGUUAUACUUCUGCUGUUGAUGUUUUUGAAAAACUUUUCAAAGGGAACGAAAUAAAGACCAGUUGAUUGAUAUGAGCUGCAAACACUGAAAUCGGCCAUUGCAAACGUAGGCCUGUUUCUUUGUUUCGUUGUUUGUGGUUUAUUUAUACGUUUGUAAGUUGGGGAUGUGUAGAGAGAGGUCCCACUCCUUGUGUCAAAGCACAGCUUUAUAUGUUUUGUUUUGAGUAAAUACUGUGUUUUAAGUUCUGCUUAUGUGUGUUUUACUGUAGCUUGUUAAAAUCAGGCCUUUUUGUGGUUGAUACUGGUUUGAGAAUAAAACUAUACCGCGAUAA